ACGUAAUUUACAAGUAAGCAGAUGCUGAAGCAAAUAUUCAGCUCCGCUCCGCAUUAGCUUAGAAAAAUUAAAUUAGGAAGAUCGUGUUGUUUUGUUAUUCAAUUUUGUUAUUAGUUUUUAUAUCUAAAUGUGUUAUAAAUAUUAUCGUCAUUCUUUUUAAUUUGUACAUUGAUAUCAAAUUUUGUUGAUCCAAAUAAUUAUAAAAACUGUUAUUUAAUUAUUCCUGUUUGUCUUUUAAUUUUUCAAUCGAGAAAAAAAAACAAUUUUGUGCUUAUGUGAAAGUAAAAAUUAUACACAAAUAAAGUUAUACACAAUAAAUUAAUAUAAUUAAGUUAUAAAAUGAGUGGGAACAAAGGUGAUUCCGACAUAUCAAAGAAAGAUGAGUCCAAGGAGCACACCAGUCAGCUUAAGCGUCCGACCUUGAGCAAAAUUGGCACCUACACUGCUCCUAAAGUCGCCCAGGAAAAUCGUUCGGAUUCUGUGUCUAGAUCAUCGACAUCUUCAAGAGACCAUGGAACUAUUCUAACAGCAGACACUGAGCAAUUUAUAAUUGGACAAAAGGUUUGGGUUGGCGGUAUAAGCCCUGGCCAGAUUGCUUAUAUAGGCGAAACACAUUUUGCACCUGGAGAAUGGGCUGGUGUUGUUUUAGAUGAACCUAAUGGCAAAAAUGAUGGGUGUGUUGCUGGGAAGCGUUAUUUCCAAUGUGAAGCAAAGAAAGGAAUAUUUUCAAGGCUCACACGGUUAACGCUUUAUCCUUUGGAAGGUGCUGCUGCUAAACCAGCAAAAAAUUAUUCACCUGACCGUUCCCGAACUGUAUCUCCAACACCUAGCACUCAAAGUGUUCUGAAUAGGUCUAUGGGAGGAAGACACGGGUUUACAUUGGGUGACCGUGUAAUUGUGUCAUCAGGCUUUGGAAGCCGACCAGGAAUUCUAAGAUACCUGGGUGAAACACAGUUUGCAUCGGGUAAUUGGUGUGGUAUUGAACUAGAUGAGCCAAAUGGUAAAAAUGACGGAUCCGUCGAAGGUGUCAAGUAUUUUGAAUGUAAACCAAAAUAUGGUAUUUUUGUACCAGUUGCAAAGGUUUCACUUUCUCCAUCGGCAAAGAAAUCGCGUUUGUCUAGAGCUUGUUCAAAAGAAUCUCUUACAUCCGUUGGAACAAUGAACAGCAUCGCUACCACGAACACCUCAAGACUAAGGAUGCAGCGCUAUUCAAUGUCAUUGAAACAACAACCACCUCAAAGUGCAUCCAAGAGUAGUUUUUCCAUGCAGGAUUUACUUAGGGAAAAGCAAAACCACAUUGAACAGCUCAUGAUUGAAAGGGACAUGGAACAAGAAGAUGCACAAAAUCAAGCAUUGCAGUUCCAAAAAAUUAUCCUUGAGCUUAAGUCAAAAAUUGAUAGUUUGGAAAAGAAUUUGGAGGAAGAAAAAAAUAAAACCGAAGAUUUGCAGCUUUCAAUCGAGGAAGCUAACUUUUGUGGCGACGAGUUAAAUGCACAAACUCAAGUGUACAAAGAAAAAAUUACCGACCUAGAGCAGAGGCUGCGGGCAGUUACUUCAGGUGAAACAAAUAUACAAUUACCAGUUGAUCCUGUGAAAGAAGAAGUUGUAGUCAAAACUGAGGUUACUUCUACUCCUGAAAGCAAAUAUGAUAUUCAGCAACGAAACAAUCAGUAUUCAUUCAACCAAAAUGAGAAAUCUAAGCUUGAUAACCAUGAAGAGAUAAAAGCUCUAAAUGAUUUCCGAAAUCUAUUUCAGAAAAUAAAAGACUCGAAUAAUUCGGAAACGAAUUAUCAGGAACAACUAAAUCGAUAUAUUAAGGAUCCUGAUGAAAUUCGCCGAGUUCAUUCUAUUAAGGUGCCACUGAACCAAAUGGGCGAUACAUUUUUAAAAGAUUUAUGUGAAAGUCUAGCUGUGGUAAUAAACGAAAUUAAUUCACUAUCCAUCGAAAAUAAAAACAUUUUGACAAAAAGUAUAGACUUCGAAAAGGCUUUGACAGAUAGAAAUAAGGAAAUAGAUCGCCUUGAAAAUGAGAAAACUGACAUUUCUAAAAAACUUGAAAGUGUUACAGUCAAUUACGAAAGCUUAUCGAAAGUUAAUGAAGAAAUGCAAAAAGAAAAGAACGUUUUGGAAGAAACAGUAAAACAACUAGAAAAUGAGAAGAACCUAGCGUCGGAAAAGCUUCAAUUUUUAACAUCAAAUUGCGAACAGUUUGCUGAGAAAAAUAAGCAACUACAUCAGGAACUUGAAUUGCAACAAGAAAACACUAAGCAAAUCGAGAAGGAAAAACUAGGUGUAUCGCAAAAGCUAGAGGACGUUCUCUUGAAUUGCAAAAGUUUGUCCGAGAUCAAUGAAAAAAUGCAGGCAGAGUUAAAAAUAAAUGCAGAAAAAUCAAAUCUACUCAAAGGAGAGCAGCUCGAUGUUUCUCGUAAGUUUGAAGACAUUUCGUCAAAGUGCAGCGGCCUAGCAGAACAAAACGAAAAUUUAUUGAAUGAUCUUCAAAAAAGUGAAGACAAAUUGCGUUUACUAGAAACUCAAAAACUGGAAGUGCAAGGCGAAAACACUGAACUUUUGGCAAAACUUAAUAACUCAACAGAACUCAUUGGAAAACUUCAACAACAACUGCAAGCGGGUGAAGAUAAUUCAUCUCAGUUGAAAAAGGAAAUAGAAGAUAUUUCGCAAAAGCUGAAUGAAAUGUCAACAAACUGCCAAACUCUCUCAGAUGAGAACAAGAAACUUGUAGAAGAUCUUAACACCAGUGCAGAAAGGUUGAGAAAUGUAGACGAAGACAAAACCGGAAUUCACAAAACGUUGGAAGAAACUUCAUUGAAAUGUAAAACUUAUGAAGAACUUAACAAUACGCUAAAACAAACACUUACAAAAAGUGAAGAAAAACUGAGUCAGGUUCAAGCUGAAAAAGAAACUAUAUCUGCAAGUCUUGAAGAGUUAAAAACAAACCACAAGAGCUUGUCUGAUCUAACUGAAAAAAUGAAAGAAGAAUUGUCUACAUGUUUGGAAAAAAUUAGUACACUUGAAAGUGAGAAGUUUAUUUGUUCUCAAAAACUCGAUGAAGAGUCAAAAAAAUUCAGCGAAAUUACUGAAGCUAAUAAUAAGUUGCAAGCGGAACUUAAUGCAUACGAUGAAAAGUUGAAAGCAGCUGAAAAAGAAAAGUUUGACACCGCCGUAAAUUUUGAAGAAAUUAAAUUAAAAUAUGAGAACGCAUUGAAACACACUGAAGAUAUAAAUCUCGAUUUGAAAACAAGCAACGAAAAGUCUAAGCUCUUUGAAUCCGAAAUCUUUGAUAUUUCACAAAAGCUAGAAGAAGUACAAUCAACUUUGAAGUCGACACUAGAGCAAAAUGAAAAUCUGCAACAAAAACUUAAAACAGCGGAAGAAAAUUCGAUUCGCAUUGAAAAGGAAAAGUUUGAAAUAUCAAGAAACCUUGAAGAAAUGUCAUUGAGUCAGAAGACAUUAUUAGAGCAAAACCAAACUAUGCAAAACAAUCUUAAAGCCAACGAAGAUAAAAUAAAACUUCUGGAAGAAAAUAAUUUCGACAUUUCACUUAAGCUCAAAGACGCAGAAUCAAAUUAUGAACUUUUAUCUGAUGUCAAAAACAAAUUACAAGAGGAAUUCUUAUCUAAAAACGAAGGAAAUACUUCUUAUUGCAACAAUUUAAUGCAACAAAACGAAAAGUUGCAGCAAGAUAUAAAGUCAGUAGAAGAACAAAAGAAAGAGCUUGAACUGGAAAAAUUCAAUCUUCAUCGGAAGCUCGAAGAAGUUACCUUGAAUAUGAAAAGCACAUCAGAGUCAAAUGAAAACCAGCGACAAGAACUCCAAGCAAUCAAUGAUAAAUAUAAACUUCUCGAAAUUGAGAAAUUCGAUAUUUCUCAAAAACUCGAAGAAAGUUCAUCAAAGUAUUGCAGUAUAUUGGAGACUAAAAACGAGUUAGAAGAAGAAUUAAAUUUGAAUAAAGAAAAGACCAAGCGACUUGAAGAAAAGAAUUUCGAUACUUCUCGGGAGUUGGCUGAUCAAGCAACAAAGCUUCAAAGUUUAUCCGAAGAAAGCUCGAACCUUCAACUUCAAUUAAAGAAUUUGGAAGAGAAACUCAAAGAAGUUGAGGCACAAAAGUUUGAACUUACAGGAAACCUUAAGAAGGUAACAUCUGAUUCUGAGAGUUUAUCCGAAGAAAAUACACAUUUAAAACAGGAACUUUUAGAAAAGAAAGAUGCUCUUAAACAGAUUGAGGAGAAAGAGUUUAAACUAUCCCAGAAACUCGAUGAAGCCACCAUCAAAAACGAGGGAUUGACAGAACUUUCUAAUAAGCUGGAGCAAGAACUGCAAAUCAUAAAAGACACCUCAAAGCAAUUAGAUGUACAGAAAGGUGACGUUUGUGAGAAGCUCGAAAGUCUUACAAUUAAUUGUAAGAAACUGGAGAAUACCAACGAAAAAUUGCAAAAAGACUUAGAAUUGAUCACUGAAAAAUGCAAACUUAAUGAAUUGGAAAAGGUUGAAAUUUCUCAAAAACUUAGUGAAAUUACAACGAGUUAUGGUGAUUUGAGUCAGGACUUUGAAAACCUAAAGCAAGAACUCAAGAAAACUGAAGAAAAAACCGCCCAACUUUCAACGGAAAAGGAUGACAUUUCUGGAAAUCUUGUAGAUGCCACACUUCAAAUAGCCAACUUAUCAGAUUUAAGUGAAAGUCUGCAACAGAAAAACAAUAUAGCUGAAGAAAAGUGCAGACAAUUUGAAGUAGGAAAUUUAGAAACACUGCAAAAACUCGAAAAGGUAACAGAACAAAACAAUAAAUUAGAACAAGAUCUAAAAGCAUUUGAAGAAAAAGUUAUCAAACUUGAAACAGAAAAAUCAGAUUUAUCUGGAAAUCUCAUAGACGCCACGGUUGAAUGUAAAAACUUGUCUGAUCUGAAUGAAAAGCUACAACAAAAUUUGAAAGAUAACGAGGAAAAAUUCUUAAAACUUGAACAACAAAACUUAGAAGCAUAUCAAAAACUUGAAAAUUCGAAUCUGAGCAGUGAAAGUUUGAACGGUCUUAUUGGUGACAUGCAGCAAAAAUUAAAAGCUUACGCGGAGAAAGAAAUUGCGGGGCAAAACGAAAACAGUGAGUUAUCUGAAAAAUUGGAAAAAGCCACCAAUAGUUGUAAAAACUUAUCAGAACUGAAUGAACAGCUGCAAAACGACUUGAAAAAUAACAAGGAACAAAUUGAACGCUUUGAAAAAGAACACUCAGAACUUAAAUCUAUUCAGAAGGAUCUAUACGAACAAAAUGAAAAACUCCAAAAACAAAUUAAGUCCUUAGAAGCUCAAAACGUUAUUUGCACAAAUGUUAAAAUAGCAGAAGAGCCAAUUAAUCCUAAUGUUGAAAUUGGAAAUAUAUCAAGUAUAAGCGCAUUAUUAGAAACUGUAAAGUCUGAAUUGGAAACAGAAUACUUUAGGGAUGUUUUGAAAAACAACGAUGCCUUAAGAAAUUUCAGUCAAAACAUUUAUAAAAUUGAAUCUUUUCUGAGUAAGGCUCAAAAAUCCAACGAGGAUACAUUGAACACAUCUAUCGAUUCAAAUACUGAGAGAGUUCUUUUGGAUGAUUCCAUUUCUAAAGCUUCUUCAAAUACGAGUAUAUUAGAAAAGCGCAAGGCCCACCAAAAUGUUCACAAUGAAUUUGUAAUCGGACGACUUCAUUUAGGUAACCAGCUUCAAGAUAUUUACCAACUUAUAAACUCAAUCAAAAGCCACAUACAAAAUUUAGAUCAAGACAUUCAAUCAUUGCCUUCUCAAAACGGAAUUCGAAUCGAAAUGCUAAACUCUGCCGAGGAAAAAUCAUGUAAACUAAAUUAUGAUUUCACAGAUCUAACUCAAAGGUUCGAAGCUCUUGUCAAGAUAAACGAGAAAUAUCCUUCCUUAAAGGAUUCAAUAUCUAAGUCUAUAUUAGACGAAGCCAAAAAGAAUAUUAAAGAACAGGAAGUUUCUAUGGAAUUCGACCCAACUGAUGAAAUAGAGUUAUUGCAAAGUAUUGUUAUCAAUUAUCAAUUAGUACUGAAAGCAAGGGAUGUUGAAAUAGCUAGUAAUCUCAUUGCUAAAUCAAGUCUUGAACCACUUUCUCCCGAAAAGAGUUCAAAUGAGAGCGUUUUAAAAAGCCUUCAAACAGAUCUUGAAUCGACAAGGAAGUUUAUCAAUAAAUUAGAAGAGUUAAAUUUUAUUUUGAAAUGUUUGCGCUAUUUUCAAUUUAAAAUAUCUAAACAAAAUGCCAAAUUAAAUGCACACUUAAAUCGUCUGAAAAAUGAUAAAGAUAGCUUAGAAGAUAUCUGUAAAGUGACUCUACAACUGAGAGAUGCCGAAAAGCAGCUUAUAGCCGAAUGCGCAGAACUAAUAAAAAUACUUGUUGAUAGUAUGGAAACUUUUGAAAAUUCGAAACAAUCCUUAAACCAAUCGGGAAAUAUGAAAAAUCAACUUACGGUUCCAAUUUCCAGUAUCGACAAGUCGAUAAAAAAAUUGAAUAAUAUAAUGAAUUCGAACUCUGAUCUUUUGGAACUGCUCUGCAAAAAAGUUGCCAGCAUUGAGGAAAAGAUGUCCGAUGUUCGCAGCAGAUCUUUACUAACAGAUAUCGCCAAAUUAGACACAAACACAAAAAUAGAAAAUAAGGUUGAAAAUAUGGACGAAAAAACGGCACAAAUUAACUUUCUGCAUUCAAUUAUUGCUGACAUGCAACAGAAAAACGAUAAACUAAAAGAUAAAAUUGAAACCUUAGAAUCUUUUUCGAGUGAUAAUAAAAAAUCUUUUAUGUAUGAAAUGAUUACUAAGAGAAAACCAGCUCCACGUAUGUUUUGCGAUAUUUGCGAACAAUUUGAUAUUCACGAAACAGAAGAUUGUCCAAUGCAAGAAUCCAAUGGUGGGGAAGCCUUAUUUGAACCCGUCGAAGUGGUGCAAGAUAUGAGUGAUAGCGAUAAGGCCAGAAAGCUUCCUGCUCCGAGAAAGUAUUGUCAAAAUUGUGAAGUUUUCGAUGAUCAUGAAACAGAGGACUGCUAUGCUGGACUAGAUGAUUAAUGUUGAUGUUUAUUUUAUUUUGAAAAAAAAACGUGUUAUUUGGUUUAUACAUAGGACUUGUAUAGUUUAUAUCUAGAUGCAUGUUUUUGAAUAAUUUCCUACCUACCCAAAUAGAAAAUAUAUUUAUUUUUGAAAUA